AUGCCUCCGGAGAAACUUUUCAGUGAUGAAGGAGAGAAUGACAAGGAGGCUCUGGCCUAUGUCAGAAAAGCUCAGUUUUCCCUGCGAGGGUGGAUGUGCGAACUUCUUGCUUUCAUCAUCUUCCUCGCAGCUUUUACGGCUUCUACGAUGAUGUUUAAAGACAGGGGGCAAACACAUCACCUCGAAGAGCUGUUCAGGUCUAAGAUUGUCCCAUCUGAGAGCAUUGCUACACCUGAAACCUUCUGGAAGUUUGUGCUCAACAACGUUGGCCAGGUGCUGCUGGUGAACAACACUGCCUUCACCAACAACAGCUUUGAGUUCGGCAACAUGUACGUGCCGACUGGCAUCAGGCUGCGACAGCUGAGGGUCGGGGAGUCCGUGUGCUCCCGGACAGCCAAGAGGCUCGUCGUGCGUCAAUGCUACGGCACCUUCAACUUCCACGACGAAGAGAAGACCUUCCUAGGAACCGACGGCAGCUCCCCUCAAAACCUUCCUGCCAGGGUUUCGAGCGCCUUCCAAUGGAAGGACUCCACAGAGACAGACGAGAUCAUUCAGUGGGGGUACUUCGGCCUCUAUCCUGGAGGAGGGUUCUUCAUUGACAUCAACAACUACCCGGACCUUCUGGCCAUCGUUGGUGACCUCCAGCAGCAUCAGUGGAUAGACAUCAAGACUCGAGUGACUUUCGUCGACUUCGAGGUUUACAGCGCCAAUCUUGACGUCUGGAUGACCUCGCGGACCAUCUCGGAGUGGCUGCCUUCCGGCGUAGUCUCCAGCUUCUUUCAGUUUCGAGCGGUGAAGCUAGAUCGCUACAACCUCGUGACAGCAUGGGAUCACAUCUUGGUCGGUCUUGAAGUUCUUGUCGCCAUCAUGGUGGUGUGGCAUCUCAUCCAAGAAGUUGUCGAGCUGAUCAAUCAGGUUCUUGCUCUUGCUCUUGCUCUUGCUCUUGCUCUUGCUCUUGCUCUUGCUCUUGCUCUCCUCUUGACAUGGUUUCUGAAGGGAUGCUCCACUUAUGUCACCAACUUCUGGAAUUUCCUCGAGCUCGCAAACAUAUUUUUCCUGGGGAACCUUGCAUUCUGGGUAUCGCAAGAGGACAACUUCAUUGCCAUCUCAGCUCUCAUCAUGUGGCUCAAGCUCCUCAAGUUUGCUCGCCUGACCACCCGCCUCAACCGUAUCGCCCACACGCUCAAAAGAGCCUUUCCGGACGUGAUCGCCUUCGUCUUUAUCUUUCUGGUUGCAUGGGUCGCUUACUCCAUAACUGGCGUCCUCAUCCUCGGCAGUGACUUGCCUGAGUACAGCGACUUCCUCGGAGCCUUCGGAGCAAGUUUCAACGCCAUGUUCGGCAACUUCGACGCUCAGAGGCUUUACAACGCCAACCGUUUCAUCGGGCCCUUCUACAUCUUCUCCUGGCUCGCCCUCUCCUGCCUGCUGCUGCUCAACGUUCUCCUCGCCAUCCUCGCGCAUCACUUCUCAGCUGUCUGCUCUUCUCAGGACCUCGAUCUUCCCAUCCUCAAGGAGGUCUGCCACAUCUCCAGCUCCUCCCCUGCUCACCAGUGCAUGCAGUUGGAGCUUUGGAGGAGGGCGUCCUCGGCCAAGAGGAGCGGCGUCCCGAUGACCCCGACCAAGGAAGCGGAUCCUCUCGACCAUGUCGACGCGUCCAUCGUGGACACUGUGAUGAAUCGCAUGCGAGCCAUGGAGGACGGGGGAGCUCGAGGAAAAGCCUUCCUCGAGUACUCGCUGGACAGCGACGAGGGGCUCUUCUCUCCCGAGGACAGGCAUGACGCGCAGGAGCGAGGGAAUCGGAUCUUGUCGGAUCAGAUCGAGCAGCUCAAGCUCGCAGUGCACAAGAUAGACCUCGUCUCAUCCAAGGUCGACGCGCUCUCACGCGAAGUCUCCAAGAACCUCUCCUCCAGCAUCGAGAUGCGGCGGCAGGUCUCGGAUACGCUCACGGACACCGACUGGGCCAACGAGCAGGCGACGUCUGGCUUCGUGAGCAGCACAGACAUGGGUAGCAGCUUGAGGAACAAGAGCUCCGCAGUCAGCCUCUUCGCCGGCAAGGAGCUCGUCAACGAUCUCUAA